AUGCUGCUUUGGACAAUCAGCGAUUUUCCAGCUUAUGGGAAUCUAGCAGGCUGCAAAGUAAAUGGAAAAAUGGGGUGUCCGUUAUGUGGAAAAAAUACAGAGAGCAUGUGGUUGAGGUUCAGCAAAAAGCAUGUGUAUAUGGGUCAUAGAAAGGGUCUGCCACCAACUCACAGUUUUAGAGGAAAGAAGAAAUGGUUUGAUGGAAAAGUAGAACAAGGGAGAAGGGGAAGAAUACUUACUGGGCGUGAUAUUUCUCAAAAUCUGAGAAAUUUUCACAAUGAUUUUGGAAAUUUCAAACGGUCUGCCAGUAAGAGAAAAAUGAUGCAGGGUUCAAUUGAUUUAGGGUCUGAUAUUGAGGGUAUGUCGAGUGAAUCAGAUGAAGAGGAAGAAGUACUAGUAGAUGAGGAUGAGUUAUCUAGAUGGAAGAAGAGGUCAAUAUUCUUCAAGCUACCUUAUUGGGAGGAACUCCCGGUGAGGCACAACUUAGAUGUAAUGCAUGUGGAGAGAAAUGUUGCUGCAAGCUUAGUUUCAACGUUGUUGCACUGUGGGAAAUCUAAGGAUGGUCUUGCCGCUCGUAAGGAUCUGGAGGAGCUUGGUAUUAGGCCGGAUUUGCACCCUAGAGUGCAAGGAAAAAGAACCUAUCUCCCUCCAGCACCGUGGUCUUUGUCCAAGCAAGAAAAGAAGAUAUUUUGCAGGCGUCUAUUUGACUUCAAAGGGCCAGAUGGAUAUUGUUCUAACAUAUCAAGAGGUGUCUCGUUGGAUGACUGUAAAGUCUCUGGUCUGAAAUCACAUGACUACCAUGUUUUGAUGCAACAACUUCUGCCGAUUGCACUUAAAGGGUUGCUGCCAAAAGGACCGAGGCUUGCAAUUUUUAGAUUAUGCUCUCUCUUCAAUCUGUUGUGUCAGAGAGUGAUUGACAUGGAGAAGCUUCUGGUUGUGGAAGCUGAGAUUGUUGAGACUCUGUGCUUGUUUGAAAGAUACUUUCCUCCAAGUUUGUUUGAUAUCAUGCUUCAUUUGACUGUCCAUCUAGGAAGAGAAGCUCGGCUUGGUGGACCAGUCCACUUUAGAUGGAUGUACCCGUUUGAAAGGUACAUGAAAGUCCUCAAAGACUUUGUUAGAAAUCCUGCAAGACCAGAGGGCUGCAUAGCUGAGUGCUACCUUGCUGAGGAAUGUAUCCGGUUUUGCAGUGAGUUCCUGAAGAAAACAACAAAUGUUCAAGAGAAACAGGAUAGAAACACAGAGUAUGAGAACAAUUCUAUCUUAGAGGGUCGUCCAAUAACCACUGCUACUUCAGUAACUCUCACUGAAACGGAAAAGAGGAUUGCUCAUCUUGCUAUCAUCCAAAACAUGGCUCUGGUCGAACCUUAUGUAGAUGAGCAUCUACAAUAUUUACAAGACACAGAUGGAAGGUGUCGGCGAGAUGCAUCAACGUUAUGGAGUAUGCAUACUAAGAAUUUUGCUUCCUGGCUAAAAGAGAAGGUGCCUCUUGAUUCUGCAGAACAUGACGACACACUUAAGUGGAUAGCUUAUGGUCCACGUUGUUCUGCGAGAUCAUAUACAGGAUUCAUUGUUAAUGGGCAGAGGUUUCACACAGUGUCAGUUGAUAGGAAAAGUCAGAAUAGUGGGGUCUAUUAUGAGGCUACAGCAGUGUGUAGAGCUAGUGCAAAAGAUACAUCACAGGUGGUAGAUUUAGUAUCUUACUACGGCAGGGUGACAGGCAUCAUUUUGAUCGACUACAAUGUCUUCUAUGUUCCUCUGUUCCGAUGUCAAUGGGCAGUUAAGGGUAAUGGAGUAAAGAUCGAAGAUGGUUUUACAGUUGUGAACAUGAAUCAAAGUCAAGCCUCCUUUAAAAGUGACCCUUACAUUCUAGCAUCUCAAGCGAAGCAAGUGUUUUACUCCAGAGAAGAUGAGUCAUCAAACUGGUAUAUCGUCAUGAAAGGUCCUUCUAGAAGAUACAGUAAGGAAGAUAUUCAAGAGGGAAAUGCAGAUAUUGGGCCAUUACCGUCGAAUGUUGACUUGGAUGUUUACAUUGAUGAUGCUGAGAAUGUCAGAACUGAUUGUGAAGGGAUAUAUGUGUGACGAAGUUGCCUUAUUGACAUUGAUGAUAUCAUUGCUUGUUUUUGUUUUUGAUUGUGGUACUUGCUUGGUCAUUGUCUGCUUGUUUGGUUGUUUCUUGUUUUGAGGUUGUAGUGUGAUUGUUUCAGUGUUCUGUUGAGUAUGAAGUUAACUAUGUAUUUCUUAUUAUGUUUCAGGUGAAUUAAGAUGGGACGUGCAAAGCAGACUAAACGUGGAAGGAGACAAUCAAAGAAGUCAAAAAAGGCAGAUAAUGACGAAGUUGAGUUCGUUUGUACUAUCCAAACACAUGAAGAAGAACAUGAAGAGGAACGUGGGCAGCGACAGGAACAGGAAGAGGAACAUGUGGAGGAACGAGAACCGGAAGAAAAACAUGAGGAGGAGCAACAACAGGAAGAGGAGCGUCAACCAGAGCAACAUAAUGGCGACGAGCCUGAAGGUGAGAUAGAACAUACUCAGGAGGCUGAAGGUGGAACCUCCCGUAAUAAAAAACGUGGUCCAACAAUGAUGAGAGACCUAGCCAAAGAUCCAAAUACCAGAGUUCAUGUCGAUUUCACUUUUAUGGGAGAAGCUUAUGGUCCUGGUUUAGUCAAGCUAUCUUCAUAUUUGGGUCCGUUGGUAAGGGAGCACGUGCCUGUUACAGUUGAAAAUUGGAAAAAAAUUACUGAAGAAGUGAAGACAGUGCUUUGGAAAUCAGUCCAGGCAAGGUUUGAACUUGAUGAGGACCACCAAAGGGUUGCAGUUCUUAAGCAGAUGGGAGCCUUGUGGAGAUCAUCCAAGUCAUGUCUUGUUACCCAAAUCAAUGAAGCUGAAAAUAACCAACAAAGGAUGAAUCUCAGACCUAAGAAUGUUCAUCCAAUUGAGUGGCGCAAAUUUGUGAAGCUAAAAACAAGCCAAGAAUUCAAGGUUCUGAGUGAUAGCUACAAAGAGAGGAGAAGCAAACAGGUUCCUCACACUUGUAGUAGAAAGGGAAUGGUUAGACUAGCAGAAGAGAUGGUAAGCAUAUUAUCUCAGAUUUUGGUUUCAUUUUUUUAUCUGUAGACAAGGCUGUUGACAUAUAAUUUUGCAACAGAAAAAUAGUUCUGAAGACAAAUCUGAAGUGUCGAGACUUAAAGUCUGGGUGAGGUCACGUACAAGAAAAGAUGGAACUCCCAUCAACACAAAUGCUGCUGAGAAGAUUCAAAAGGCAGCUGAGAUUGUUAAGGGUGGUAGUCAGAGUGGAAAAAAUCUGGAUGAAGAUACGCUCAUCCAGGUCUUAGGACCUGAUAAUCCUGGUCGUAUGAGAGCAAUGUGGAGGAAUAUUAGUAAGACGAAAUUAGCUUGCUUCAAUGUCAACCAGAAGUCAAUUUCUGAAAUGCAACAGACACAAAUUCAUCUCAUGCAAAAGGUUAAUGAGCUACAGUCUGAACUUGCGAAAGUAAAAAACCAGGUUAGUUACAUCUCCAAGAAUACAUAAAGAUAAGUGCUUAUCACAUAAUAAUAAGCUUUGUGUUGGGUUUAUGUUACAAAGAGAUGACAAUGAAGUGGGGGAAAACUCGGCUGCAAGAGUAAGCAAUUUAUAUGAGAUUAAUGGCAUUUUUUUUCUACUUUACACUACUCUUAUACUUUAACAACUAACAUUUAACAGAGUGUGAACAAGAUACCACAAAAGAAGUGUCUUCUCAUUGACUGGGCUGAUGAAGAUGGAAACGUUGCUGAGGGUCGUAUCAUUUCUUCUGACCCUGAAGACAUAGUGAAUGACAGUCGAUUAGGUCCUAAUGAUGUUAAAGUCUUGGUUGAUGAAGCUACUGAACCUGAAGCAUUCCUCUGGAGACCUGCGACUAACAUGUGCACAAUUAAGGAAGCUGUUGGUCAUAUUAUUGCAUGGCCGAAGAAAAAAUGCGUGGAACUAGGUCUGGGGCUUGAACAUGAAGACAUUGCACCACUGGUAAAUGUUUUUCAUUCUUGCAGUUACAUAGUUAAUAAGGUCAUGAUUUCGCCUAUGAUAACUUCUUUUUCUGAAUGUGUUUGAUAGGGCUCAAGAGCAAAUUCUCUCAACAAAUGCAAACUUCUGGAUUUGUCUGAUGAUAGUGUAGUUGUUGGUGAAGGGAGUUGGCAGACAAAAGAACCAAAAGCAUUGGUUAAUGGACUUCCUCUAGGACCUAAAGCAAUUAAAGUAUUCUUGGAUGUUGUACAUGAGCAUGAAACAUAUUUAUGGAGGCCUACGAUGGAUCAUUCCUACCUGGAGGACUGCUUACAUUC